AUGAACCGGCUCAGUGGGCUGUCGCUACCCCUUCGGCCUCCAGUAUGCCUAUUAUGUCGUGCCCAGACCUCCCUGGCCAUUUCUCCCCUGCAGGGAGGUCAGGCUGUUCGCGCGGUGGCCACGGGUCGCCUCCGCCGCAAAGCCCGCAUGACACUCUCGAAAGAUGUCUCCAAAUCGUCGCUCAAAGGACGGCGGACAGAUCGCGGUCGAAUCGGCCUGUUCCCCAACAUGAAUCAGACACAGGCGCGCGUCCGGGAUGAUCCACGGUCGCGGUCUCAAGCCGCAUUGAAACGCUCCAAAGACUCCGAAGAAAAACCAGAAAAAACCGAAAGCCCGCUAUACAAAGCUCUUAAGAUGCAGACUGCCCUGUCGCCUGUCUCCUACGGCAAACGGACAGCAAUCAAGAGCAAAAUCGCAGAAGUCUCGAGCUUCGACCAAUUUCCGCUUCUUCCCAUCGUCCGAAAUUCGAUUUUCUCUCAAAUCCUGCCAGGUGUCACCCAUGCUGUUCCGACCCCAAUCCAGCGCGUUGCAAUUCCGAGGCUGCUCGAGGACCCCUCAACGAAGAAACGUGUGAAGAAAGUUGAUGACGAAGAACCUCAAUAUGCUCAAUAUCUUCUGGCCGCGGAAACUGGUUCAGGGAAGACACUAGCGUAUUUAAUCCCUCUGGUCGACGCUAUCAAACGCCAGGAGGCUCUGGAUGUUGAGGCUGAAAAGAAAGAGGAGGAGAAGAAAGCGCAAGAGAAGGAAGAGAACUCGAGAAACCAGGCGUUUGACCUCGAGCCCGAGCUGCCCCCACCGUCGAAUGCUGCGAGGCCUAGGGCAAUUAUUCUGGUACCCACGGCGGAGUUGGUUGCCCAGGUGGGAGCCAAAGUCAAGGCUUUUUCCCAUACGGUCAAGUACAGAUCUGGAGUUAUAUCUUCCACUCUGACGCCUCGUCGGAUCAAAAGCACACUCUUCAACCCAGAAGGUAUCGAUAUUCUGGUUUCGACCCCGCAUCUCCUAGCCUCAAUCGCCAAAACCGAUCCUUACGUCUUGAGUCGCGUCAGCCACCUCGUUCUUGAUGAAGCCGACUCUCUUAUGGAUCGUUCAUUUUUGCCAACAACGACCGAAGUUAUCAGCAAGGUCGCUCCUUCGUUGCAAAAGCUUAUCUUCUGCUCGGCCACAAUACCGCGCAGUCUUGACACGCAGCUGCGCAAGCGCUACCCCGAAAUCACGCGACUAACUACUCCCAAUCUACAUGCUAUUCCUCGACGUGUACAACUGGGUGUGGUCGACAUCCAGAAGGAUCCCUACCGCGGAAACCGUAACCUCGCCUGCGCCGACGUAAUCUGGUCCAUCGGCAAAGCAGGAGGGGAGUCCGAUCCCGGCCGUCCAAAUUUCUGGACCGAGCCGACAGUCAAGAAAAUCCUUGUCUUCGUCAAUGAGCGCGAGGAGGCCGACGAGGUAGCUCAAUUCCUCAAAUCAAAGGGUAUUGACGCGGUUUCAUUCUCUCGGGACUCCGGCACUAGAAAACAAGAUGAAAUCCUAGCCGAAUUCACAGAGCCCUCCGUCAUACCCACCGCCGAAGAAAUCAUGCUUCAUCGAAAGAAGAACCGUGCGGCCAAGUCGUCCAUUCCCUUCGUGCUGCCUGAGCAGUCGAACAGCGGCCCCCAGCGACACUUGCCCAACACCAAGGUCCUUGUUACAACUGAUAUCGCGUCGCGAGGUAUCGACACCCUGGCCGUGAAAACCGUCGUUCUCUACCACGUCCCGCACACGACAAUCGACUUCAUCCAUCGCCUAGGUCGUCUUGGACGUAUGGGCAAGCGCGGUCGUGCGGUCGUGUUGGUCGGUAAGAAAGACCGCAAGGAUGUGGUCAAGGAGGUUCGCGAGGGUAUGUUCAGAGGCCAGGCUCUGAUUUAG